AUGACUAGUAGUUUAUUAUCUUUAUCUAAUCUAAUAUUAUUAAAUAUAAUAUCAUCUAUUCAAGAUAAUGGAGAUAUAAUAUGUUUGAUGUUAACUUGUAAAAAGUUAUAUCAAACUAGUAGUAGUUUAAGAAGAUCUAUUAUCUUUAAAGGAAAAGGUGUUAUACCCAUCACUGAAAGAGGUAUCAUAUCAAAUCAGUUUAAAACAACAGCUACUCGGUUUACACUAUUAUCUUUUAAAGAUAUACUAGAGAGGAGUAUAUCGGAUAGACAACUCAUACUACCUGAAAGGGUAGAUAGAGAGUAUUCCUUUCCUGAUUGGAUUUACCCUUACAUCACAAUAGAACGAGUAGAUAAAAGUAACAUUACAACUGCUUUGGUGAUGUAUGACAUACAUGCCUAUCUAAAGUCAUUCUACGCUACGGUACCAUCAAUCGAGACACUAUUCAUCAAUGACGAAUUAUACAAUUCAGAAUUGGAUCUUGGUUCAAUCGAUCAGUUACCUAAUCUCAAACGACUUUGGGUGAAUGCAGACAAGUUGAAUCUUGGUACUCAUACAACUCUAAAGUCACUUGCCCUAAAUAUUGGUAACACUAUGACACUCGUCGAUCUUGGUCUCAUCAAAUUCGUAUCUCUGACAAAACUUAGUUUCAAGAGUCAUUGUGUUUCAGAUAUUGGUCCAGGUCUGCUUCCAAGUAGCUUGACGUCACUCACUCUUAGACCAAGAGAGAUACCACCACAAGAUACAUUCCUUUCAUUAAAGUCGUUGGUCAAACUAAAGAUUUUCAUGGCUACCAAUGAAAUGGACAAAGAUGUGGAUGACAGACCAUGUAUCGAUCUCUCGACUCUAUCCAAUCUCAAGCUACUCAAAGUUCAUUACGACAAUCAAGACAAUGAUGAUCAUUGUAUAGAUCUGAUAGUCCCUACAUCACUCAAGAUACUUUAUCUUUGGUGUGCAUGCUUACAAAUCCCAUCACAAUGUACAAUGCCACAGUUGGAGAAAUUAAUUGUACAUCAAAGAAUAUUGAAUGGUCUAAAAAUCAAUCUACCAUUACAAUGUCCAUCUCUAAACAAACUAAGUAUCAUAGAUUGUAAAGAAAUGUUACUGGCCGAUAUCAUUAUCCCAUCAACAGUCAAAAAGAUUACAAUCGAUAAGAAAUCAAUAGUCGAUAAUAUACUCGUUCAAGUUGCAUUACCACCAAUGCUCACACAUCUAUCGAUCAAGGGACACUCCUAUGAAUAUAUUCAACGGUUACCAGACUCGUUAGUCAAAUUAAAGCAAACAUUCAAUAGCUUUAAAGCUCCAUUCUCAUCACUUCCUCGUCAUUUAAAAAAAUUAUCUUUACAAGUACAGUGUGAUACAGAUUUUGUAUUACCAUCUGGUAAUCUACCGAAUCUAGAAACGCUCAAUCUAUUUAAAAUGAUUGGUGACUUUAAGAUUGGCGCUAUACCACCCACCAUCAAAAAUCUAUCGAUAUCUUUGAACCCUAAAAUAAGCCCAAAUGGGCUUUCAAUCUUUUCAAUCGGUCCAAGAAUCGAUGGAACCGCUGAUGGACAAGUGUCACAAUGGUUACCAUACAAUACCACUCAUCUAACAUGCCACCUAACCAAUUUUCAAAUGGGUAUAGACUCAAAGGCUGUAUUUAGAUUGGACCAAGUAAUCAACCAUACCAAUAUUAGACAAUGA